CCACAAGUUGGCAGGGAGGUGGCUAUAAGAGCGAGGAGCCAAGCCCAGAGGAGCGGGAGACACAGUUUGCGCUCGUGGUAUCAGGUGCAAGGCAGCCGUUAGUUGACUCCGCGGAUUUUCUGUCCCUGGUGUUCUUGCCUAACGUCGCUUGCCUAUCUUUCAGUCAGGAUGUCUGCCCGCGGCCCGGCUAUUGGCAUUGACCUGGGCACUACUUACUCGUGCGUGGGGGUCUUCCAACAUGGCAAAGUGGAGAUCAUCGCCAACGACCAGGGCAACCGCACCACCCCCAGCUACGUGGCCUUCACCGACACCGAGCGCCUCAUUGGCGAUGCCGCCAAGAACCAGGUGGCUAUGAACCCCACCAACACCAUCUUCGACGCCAAGAGGCUGAUCGGACGUAAGUUCGAGGACGCUACAGUGCAGUCGGACAUGAAACACUGGCCGUUCCGGGUGGUGAGCGAGGGAGGGAAGCCCAAAGUGCAGGUGGAAUACAAGGGAGAGAUCAAGACCUUCUUCCCAGAGGAGAUCUCCUCCAUGGUCCUCACUAAGAUGAAGGAGAUCGCCGAAGCCUACCUGGGGGGCAAGGUGCAGAGCGCAGUCAUCACCGUCCCGGCCUAUUUCAACGACUCGCAGCGCCAGGCCACCAAGGACGCGGGCACCAUCACGGGCCUCAACGUGCUCCGCAUCAUCAAUGAGCCCACGGCGGCGGCCAUAGCCUACGGCCUGGACAAGAAGGGCAGCGCGGGCGGCGAGAAGAACGUGCUCAUCUUUGACCUGGGCGGCGGCACCUUCGACGUGUCCAUCCUGACCAUUGAGGAUGGCAUCUUCGAGGUGAAGUCCACGGCCGGCGACACUCACCUGGGCGGCGAGGACUUUGAUAACCGUAUGGUGAGCCAUCUGGCUGAGGAGUUCAAACGCAAGCACAAGAAGGACAUUGCGCCCAACAAGCGCGCAGUGCGGCGGCUUCGCACCGCCUGCGAGCGCGCCAAGCGCACCCUGAGCUCCUCCACACAGGCUAGCAUAGAGAUCGACUCGCUCUACGAAGGUGUGGACUUCUACACGUCAAUCACCCGCGCCCGCUUCGAGGAGCUCAACGCUGACCUGUUCCGCGGGACCCUGGAGCCGGUGGAGAAGGCGCUGCGCGACGCCAAGCUGGACAAGGGCCAGAUCCAGGAGAUCGUGCUGGUUGGUGGCUCCACCCGCAUCCCCAAGAUCCAGAAGCUGCUGCAGGAUUUCUUCAACGGCAAAGAGCUCAACAAAAGCAUCAACCCCGACGAGGCGGUGGCCUACGGAGCAGCGGUGCAGGCGGCCAUCCUCAUCGGAGACAAGUCAGAGAACGUGCAGGAUCUGCUGCUACUCGACGUGACCCCGUUGUCGCUGGGCAUCGAGACGGCUGGCGGCGUUAUGACCCCACUCAUCAAGAGGAACACCACGAUCCCCACCAAGCAGACGCAGACCUUCACCACCUACUCAGACAACCAGAGCAGCGUGCUGGUCCAGGUGUACGAGGGCGAACGGGCCAUGACCAAGGACAAUAACCUGUUGGGCAAGUUCGACCUGACCGGGAUUCCCCCGGCACCCCGCGGGGUCCCCCAGAUUGAGGUCACCUUCGACAUCGACGCCAAUGGCAUCCUCAACGUCACCGCCGCCGACAAGAGCACCGGUAAAGAAAACAAAAUCACUAUCACCAACGACAAGGGUCGUCUGAGCAAGGACGACAUUGACCGGAUGGUGCAAGAAGCGGAGAGGUACAAAUCGGAAGAUGAAGCCAAUCGCGACCGUGUCGCCGCCAAAAACGCCGUAGAGUCCUAUACCUACAACAUCAAGCAGACGGUGGAAGACGAGAAGCUGCGGGGCAAGAUUAGCGAACAGGACAAAAACAAGAUCCUCGACAAGUGUCAGGAGGUGAUCAACUGGCUCGACCGAAACCAGAUGGCGGAGAAAGAUGAAUUUGAACACAAGCAGAAAGAGCUGGAAAGAGUGUGCAAUCCCAUCAUCAGCAAACUUUACCAAGGCGGCCCUGGCGGCGGCGGCGGCGGAACCGGAGCCUCCGGGGGACCCACCAUCGAGGAAGUGGACUAAGCUUGCACUCCAGUCAGCGUAAACCUCUUUUCCUUUCUUUAUUAUUUUUUAAACUUAAUCUUCUUGUAUUUUUUCCCAUUAUCAUAUAGUCCCCUUAUAUCCCCCUUCCCUCUUCUUUAUUUUUUCCUUUUGUUUUUGUUUCUUUGAAAUGUCCUCGUGCCAAGUAGAGAUCUAUUGUUGGAAGUCUUUAGCCCGGUGUAUACAUAUGAAAGGAAAGGAGCAACAACUUAGUUUAAUUAUAAAAGGUUAGUUCUAAAGUUUGACUUUUAAAAACAUUAUUUGAGAUUUCUUUUAAAUGCAUUUUGCAUGUUUGCUGACUUGAGCAAUUUUGGUUAGCUUAGUUUUAGAUGGGAAACCUUAAGUUUGUGCACAUGUUCUAUGGAAGCUUGGUAACGAUAUAUAGAAGCUUGAAUUGUUUAGUUUUAGGUGCUAAGGAGGAAAGUCAACAUUGCAAUAAAGUCAAGAAUAGGCAUUCUUUUUGCACACAAUUGCAUAAAUACAAAUUUAAAGUAAAGCUGGAAUUGAUUUCAAAAUUGCUGUCUUGGAGUUUUCAAUUUUCUUUCUGUACUGUUUUAUCCAUGUUAAUCUUUAACUAAGAUAUUAGUAUGAGGUGAAGUUUAUCUAAUUCAAUUUUGUCUAAUUCUCAGAUGAGGUUCUCAGAUGCUUUGAAUUACCAACAGCUUAAUUGGAGAAGAUCUGGGUAAACUUUUCCCCCUCUUUAAACACAGAAACCAGAUUGGGAUCUUCCAGUGUACCCAAACUCCUAAGGCUUGGCCUUAAGUGUUCAAGUGAAAAUCCACCUGCAUAUUCAAUUAAAAUACAAACUGUAUUUGGGGGUUAAAUGUAAAAUGAUUCUUUAAACUAAAAAAAGCUGGGGCAUGAGUUGUCUUCUGAGAAUAGCCCAAAGUAGUAUGAAACAAAUUGCUUUCUGUGACAUACAGGUGCCUGAAACAAGAGCCAGUAGGUAAACUUUAUAGCCACUUAAUAUUAAGAGUCCAAAUUUAGUCAAACUUGUUUUAACUUUCUAGUAAAACAGCUCAACAUCUGAGCUUAUUCCACAAGGAUGUGUUUCCAGCAGGUACAAUUUCUAGGUGGAUAGGAGAUUUGUAGAUGUUUUUCCCCCCUGAUUUAAGAAUCAAUGAUUUUGUAAUACCUUCCUUAAAUCACUAGAAUAGAUUUCUUUUUUAAAGGCAAGCUGCAACAUAGUUCUGUAUUUUGUUAAUAUACAGCUUGUCCAUUUUCCUAUAUAUCUGAUUUGAGAUUGGUAUAGAUAGGAAUAUUGCAACCCUUUGGAAUAAAGGACUUUAAAGGAUAAAGUCCACUAUCCUGGGCUUUAAAAUCCACAUCCUUGGGAGAAGGAGGGUCAUGUUUAUUUUUUAGUGGAAUUACACUUAUGCUUUAUUUUGAUUUAUUCUCUUUAGGGGAAACUUGGGAGAAAUUCCGUAAAGCUGAUUGGAAAAUGCAUAGUUAACCUAAUGUUUUCACCACUUAUAUACAUUUUGAUAUCUCUUUCCAAAUAAUGUGGAUUUGCUUCACGUUGUUCAUAAGAUAACAGUGAAUUAUAGAAACUACAUUU